AUGGCGUGGAGGGCCUCUGAGCGUCUCAUGGAGACCAUCAGCCAUUACGCCUCGUUCCCCGCGACAGGCGUCUCGCUGCGGCAGAUGGUGCAGUUCGGCGACAAGCCAUCGACAGGCACACUGUUCCGGGCCUCACAGUUCCUGUCCGAGGAGCUGCCCAUACGGCUGGCUCACAGGGUACGGGAGCUCGGCGACCUGCCAGACGGGCUGAACGAGAUGCCGUCCAUCAAGAAGGUGCAGGAGUGGUACGCACAGUCAUUCGAGGAAAUAACGAAGCUGGAACGGCCGACGCUGUCACAAGAAGUACGAUCACGGCUCCUCAAUUCAGGCCGGAUGAAUGGCCGGGAGCCCAGAAUGCUAGAACAAGCGACCCAGAACCCCAGCAUAAAGCAAGGACAAUACCGCUCCUCUCCCACGACUUCCAUCCUCAACAGCAUCUACAGCAACGGCAACUCCAGCGUCAUCGGCAACAACGGCAGCACCACCACCACAACUACAGCAACCAACGGCGCUAAACACCGUGUGGUUGGAACCCGUCGCUACUUUGUGGCUGCGGACGACGGCGCCGACUGGCCGCCAGAGCUGAUAGACUACAACGCCCGUCUUGCCACGACUCUGGACACGAUAAAGCGACGACACGACAGCGUUGUCACGACCGUUGCGCAGGGUGUGUUGGAAUGGAAACGCAAGAAACAACGCCUCCAGAUCGACUCCGGCAUACAAGCCUUUUUAGACCGCUUUUACAUGUCUCGUAUCGGUAUACGCAUGCUUAUCGGCCAACACAUCGCUCUCACGAAUCAACACCACUCCUACCAUCCAAACUAUGUCGGCAUCAUCUGCACAAAGACCAACGUGCGCCAGUUAGCACAGGAAGCCAUCGAUAACGCUCGCUUUGUCUGUGAAGACCACUACGGCCUCUUCGACGCUCCCAAGGUCCAGCUCGUAUGCCGCGAUGAUCUCGACUUCAUGUACGUUCCCGGCCACCUGUCGCAUAUGCUCUUUGAGACGAUCAAGAACUCGCUGCGCGCCGUUGUAGAGAGGCACGGACCAGAGAAGGAAUCGUUCCCUGUAACCAAGGUCAUCGUUGCCGAGGGAAGGGAGGAUAUCACUAUCAAAAUCUCCGAUGAGGGAGGUGGUAUCCCGCGAUCUGCGAUACCGCUGGUCUGGACAUACAUGUAUACCACAGUGGACCAGACGCCGAACCUGGACCCGGACUUUAACAAGAGCGACUUCAAAGCGCCCAUGGCCGGGUUCGGAUACGGUCUUCCCAUCAGCAGGCUAUACGCGAGAUAUUUCGGCGGAGAUCUCAAACUCAUCAGCAUGGAAGGAUACGGAACUGACGUUUACCUGCACCUGAACCGCCUCUCGUCUAGCUCCGAGCCUCUCCAAUGA